AUGAGACCUUUGACCGAAGAAGAGACCCGGGUAAUGUUUGAGAAGAUUGCAAAAUACAUUGGAGAGAAUCUGCAGCUCCUGGUGGACAGACUUGACAGUACUUACUGUUUCCGGCUGCACAACGACCGAGGGUACUAUGUGAGUGAGAUGAUCCUGAAGCUGGCUGCCAACAUCUCCGGAGAUAAGCUCGUGUCCCUGGGGACGUGUUUUGGGAAGUUUACUAAGACCCACAAGUUCCGGUUGCACGUUACAGCGCUGGACUACCUUGCACCCUAUGCCAAGGGUUUUGGAGUGGCCGCAAAGUCUACCCAUGACUGCAGAAAAGUGGACCCCAUGGCAAUUGUGGUGUUCCAUCAAGCAGACAUUGGGGAGUACAUACGCCAUGAAGAGACAUUGACUUAGGACGGUCAUCCCAAGAACAUUUUUUGUGUGAGCGGACUUAGCUUUGUUUCCUGUGCGCAGGCCAUCAUGUUAAGUCUGGAGAACACUGAGAGAUGAAGCUUGGAUUCUUAUCAACAGAAAUGGCUCAAAAAUAGGGUUUCUGGCCCUCUAGAGUCAAAAGCAGGUGGAUCACAAGUAUAUGGCCAGCUCAGACUACUUGGCAAGUUCAAGGGUAGCCCGGGCUACAUAGUGAGACGUGUGAGUGUUUGUGUGAGUAAAUGGAGUGUUUCUCUCUGUAUCUGCAUCGUCUUCGUUUGGAUUAGAAGACUUGUUCUGAGUGCGGCUUCUUACUUCACUGAGGACAGCAGCAAUCUUACUGUUAUCUGUGAUAACACCGUUUGCCAAGCUCAUAAUAGCACAGUGGACUUUCUGU